AUGGCGUACCACUACGGCGUACCUCCGACCCACUACACCAAAUUCUACGACCCAGAGUCGCCAUACAGCUCCAACGAGUAUGUGUACCACGCGGCCUACGACCAGACACCGAAGCGAUCUGGUCAUGUCCGUCGUACCAGCUAUUCACCACGCGAGGGUGGUUAUUACAGCCCUGCUGGUGGAUCUCCGCCGUGGUACGAGUCGCAAGACUACGCUACUCCGCGAAAGAAUGUAUAUGUGAGUACCGACAAUGACGGCACUCGACGUCGAUAUGAUUUCGCAAACACCAAAUACCAUACACGCACAAAGAGCCAGCAGACACAGCCCAUCUAUCGAAAUGGUGGUUCUGGGUACUACACUGAGCCGCGAGUAACACAUCGAACUCCAACAAAAAGUUCGGCGAAGGCAGCUGCUGAUGAGUAUGUUUACCACCAACAGGAAAAGGUUUAUUCAGAAGCACCUCGUCGCACCAGUACCAAGACCAGAAGGGCGUCAACAACCACCAAGCCGACUCACAAGUCCAAGCCAAGUUACACAGCUCCAGUGGCAACGGAUGACGACGCAGCUCGCGCUGGCAUACCUCCUGGGUAUUCCAUCAAGAACUGGGAUCCGACUGAGCUUCCGAUCAUCCUUCUUGGGUCUGUCUUCGACGCCAAUUCUCUUGGCAAAUGGAUAUACGAUUGGACGGUAUUUCGAUACACUGCGUCUCACCCAUUUGCCGAUGUAGCCGGCGAGAUGUGGUUGCUCCUCAUUAAGCUCGCUGGAAAGAUGAAGCGUGCCGAUGAGUGUCUACCUCGCAUUCGCUCCGCGGACUCUCGCGAACUCAUCACCGAUUUCCUUGAGAGUGCCGAUCGACUCUGGGACAAGUUCAAGGCCCUGCUCAAGGAGUGCGAGUACUACAUGCUGAAGGCUGCCAAGCGAGAGGGUAGCAAGAAGAUGGGGCGCAAUGCUGGAACCGAGUUUGUCGAUUCCAUGUUCAACAAGAAUCGUUACCUGGAUUCGACUGAGCGACUCAUGCAGAGUAUGCGCACCUGGAACCAUCGGUUCGAUGCAAAUUGCGAAGAAAUUCUUCGCCGCCCAUCCCUCGCUUGA